GCAGGCUCCGGGGGCGGCCCCGGGGCGGUGCCGGCGGCGGCGGCGGAGGAGCAGCAGCGGCUGCGGGCGGCCGCCAUGGACCAGGCCGGGAAGGAGAAGGAAGCUCUGCAGCUGCUGGCCGAGGCCGACAGGAAGGUCCGAGGCUCCCAAUCCUUCUUCGCCAGCCUCUUCGGGGGCAGCUCCAGGCUGGAGGAGGCCUCUGAGACCUACUGCCGAGCUGCCAACAUGUUCAAGAUGGCCAAGAACUGGAGUGCUGCAGGCAAUGCCUUCUGCCAGGCAGCUCAGCUGCACCUGCAGCUGCAGAGCAAGCACGACGCAGCCUCCUGCCUGGUGGACGCAGGCAACGCCUUCAAGAAGGCAGAUCCCCAAGAGGCCAUCAACUGCCUGCUGCGAGCCAUCGAGAUCUACACCGACAUGGGCCGUUUCACCAUCGCUGCCAAGCAUCACAUCUCCGUGGCCGAGAUCUGCGAGGCAGAGCUGCUGGACCUGGAGAAGGCCAUUGCCCACUACGAGCAGGCUGCAGAUUACUACAAGGGAGAGGAAUCCAACAGCUCUGCCAACAAGUGCCUGCUGAAGGUGGCAGCCUAUGCAGCUCAGCUGGAGCAGUACCAGAGGGCACUGGAGAUCUAUGAGCAGGUGGGCACCAUGGCCAUGGACAGUCCCCUGCUGAAGUACAGUGCCAAGGAGCACUUCUUCAGGGCUGCCCUCUGCCACUUCUGCAUCGACAUGCUCAAUGCCAAGCUGGCACUGCAGAAGUACGAGGAGAUGUUCCCUGCCUUCUCCGACUCCAGGGAGUGCAAACUGCUCAAGAAGCUGCUGGAUGCCCACGAGGAGCAGAACCCUGACGCCUUCACCGACGCCGUGAAGGAGUUCGACUCCAUCUCCCGCCUGGACCAGUGGCUCACCACCAUCCUGCUGCGCAUCAAGAAGACCAUCCAGGGGGAGGAGGAAGAUCUACGCUGAGACCCCGACCCCCCCACGGCCCCCACGACCCCCCCACGGCCCCCAGGACCCCCCCCACUGCCCCCCCCAAGCCCCUCCCCGGUGCCCUCCUAGGGCCAGGACCAUUCCCAGCUCCUCCCUUCCCCUUCCUUGCCUUGGCUCUAUUUAAGGUGUAAAAUACUUCCUCCCCCCCUCCCUCCCCCCCCCCCCCCCCCUAUUUUUGCUUCCUGGGGGGGGGGGGAGGUCCUCAAAUGGGGGUCGCAGAGGGGGGGCUGGGGGUGGGUCGCUAAAUUGGGGAGGGGGGAGGAAGGAAAUGAGGAGGAGGAGGAAG